UCCGCGGGGACCCAGAGGUCAGACUGAGACUCAUGGCGGCGUCCAGGAAGCAGGCUGCCGGGAGCGUUGACGAGGCUACGGCAGAAGAGGAACCACGAGUUCUGGAACCCGGGGCCGCCCCAUUCGGAAAUUUCCCUCAUUAUUCCCGCUUCCACCCUCCAGAGCAACGGCUCCGCCUCCUUCCCCCAGAGCUGCUUCGCCGACUCUUCCCUCAGAGUCCCGAGACAAGGCCGAUCCUGGGGCUCGACGUGGGUUGUAACUCCGGGGAUUUGAGUGUGGCCCUAUACAAACAUUUCCUUCCCUUACAUGAUGGGGAGACCUGCUCAGAUGCCUCAAGAGAACUCCAUCUCCUCUGCUGCGACAUAGAUCCUGUCCUGGUGGAACGAGCUGAAAAAGAAUGCCCUUUUCCUGAUGGCUUGACCUUUAUUACCCUGGACUUUAUGAAUCAAAGGACCCGGAAAGUUCUCUUGAGCUCUUUCUUAAGCCAGUUUGGAUGCUCAGUUUUUGAUAUUGGCUUCUGCAUGUCUAUAACCAUGUGGAUUCAUCUGAACCAUGGGGACCAAGGUCUAUGGGAGUUCCUGGCCCACCUUUCUUCCCUAUGCCGCUACCUCCUUGUGGAGCCACAGCCCUGGAAGUGUUAUCGGGCAGCUGCAAGGCGUCUUCGGAAGCUGGGCCUCCAUGAUUUUGACCACUUCCGCUCCCUUGCCAUCCGAGGAGAUAUGGCCAAUCAGAUUGUGCAGAUCUUGACCCAAGACCAUGGCAUGGAAUUCGUAUGCUGCUUUGGCAAUACCAGCUGGGACCGAAGCCUUCUGCUCUUCAGGGCAAAACAAACCACAGAGACUCAUCCCAUCCCUGAAUCACUGAUAGAAGAAGGGAAAGAAAGGAACAGAUUAAGAUUCUGGAAACAGAUGGGAGGGUUGGAAGACCAGGGUAGAUAUUAAAAGGGUUUUAUACUAAGAAUUAA